CAACCACGGAUCGUCCUAGUAGUACUCUGUCCAAUCCUAACUCGACAGCAAAUAUGUAGAAAACCACUCUGGUUUCACAAAACCACCUUUCUAUAUCCGUUUUUCAACUUUCACUUUUUGCUUUUAUUUUCGUCGAAUAUGAUAUUGCCAACUAAUGAAUUCUCCGACUUUGUUUUCUUUCUAAGUCCUUUCCAAUUAAUAAUCAAUCAAGUUUUUCUAACCCCCCUCUAUUCACAUACUUAACAUAGAAGUUUAUAGAAUUUAAUAAUUAAAAAAGAAAAAAAUAUACAUAAUAUAUAUUAUGGGGAGAGGAAGGGUGCAAUUGAAGAAGAUUGAGAACAAGAUCAAUAGGCAAGUAACUUUUUCAAAGAGAAGAUCUGGUUUACUCAAGAAAGCUCAUGAGAUCUCUGUGCUUUGUGAUGCUGAAGUUGCUCUUAUUGUCUUCUCCAACAAAGGAAAGCUCUAUGAGUAUUCAAGCGACCCCUGUAUGGAAAAAAUUCUAGAACGCUAUGAAAGGUAUUCAUAUGCAGAGAGGCAGCAUGUUGCAAAUGAUCAGCCACAAAAUGAAAAUUGGAUUAUAGAACAUGCAAGGUUGAAGACAAGGUUGGAAGUCAUUCAGAAAAAUCAAAGGAAUUUUAUGGGUGAAGAACUUGAUGGCCUAAGUAUGAAAGAGCUUCAGCAUUUGGAGCAUCAACUUGAUUCUGCUCUCAAACAGAUUAGAUCAAGGAAGAACCAACUCAUGUAUGAAUCCAUUUCAGAGCUCAGUAAAAAAGAUAAGGCCCUCCAAGAAAAAAACAAAUUGCUUACAACAAAGAUAAAGGAGAAAGAGAAGGCACUGGCCCAACUUGAGCAGCAAAAUGAGGAUAUGAAUCUAGCCUCCACAGUUCUUGUACCUCAAUCAUUGGAGACAUUGAAUAUUGGAAGUUCCCUUGAAGAUAGAGAUGAUGGAGGAAAUAAUGAAGAAAGUCAAACCCAUGGCAACGCCCAUCUUCCACCUUGGAUGCUUAAUUAGUCCUAUUAAUGAGUUAAAACUAUUACAUAUAUUCAACAUUUCCUCUUAAAUAUAUAUAUAAACAUGGGUGGUUAGCGAUAAAGACUAAUUACAUAUAUAUACAAAAACUAUAUAUAUGAAUAUGGCUUCAGGGGUAGACUGUAAUAUAAAUAUUGCUGAAACUUAAUAAAUAGUGAUAUACAUAUGAUU